AUGGUAGCCGUGCAGCAGGCAGAGGGUAUCCAGAGCCCUUCAGAAGAGGAAAGCAGUGGAUUGAGCAUCUCACGGGGCAGACUGACUUGGCAGGAGAUUGAGAGAAUAAUCAGAGUCUGGAAUCCAUACCUGCCUAGAAAACCAAUAGGUCUGCUGAAAAGCCACACUGCGCCUGUGAUCUACAUCCAUGUGUCUGCUGAGGACAGCACAUAUUCCAUGUCCACCGACAACACUAUUAAGAUCUGGGAUCUGGAGAACGACACCUGCUUGUUCACCGCCUCCUCCAAAGCCAGCGGGAUUAAGGGUGAGCUUGCGGCCUGCCUCUAUCUCCCGGGGCCCAGAGCCCUGUGUGUGGCCGCCGACGCCGUUGCCCUCCUGCACCUGAGACUGAGAUCUCCCCCAGAGCCUCGCCAGGCAGUUUCCCACAGGGAGCCCGUGGUCUGCUGCCGGUACAAUCCGGCCUUCAGGCAGGUAGUCAGCUUCUCCGAGGCAUCCGUGGUGAAAGUAUGGGACUCUGAAACAGGAAGAUCGUUGUCUGAAUUUAUUGGGGCUCAUGGCGAGGCUGGAAUCACCUGUCUGACCUUUGACUCCAGUGGAAGAAGGCUCUUCACAGGGGGCAGAGACAGCUGUCUGAAAAUUUGGAGCUAUAACAAUGGGCAUUGUCUGCACACACUGAAACAUGAUGAAAACCAAAGUGAAGCCUGUGAUUGUACCUGCUUGGAGGUGAACCAACACAAGUGUAUCAUAGCCGUUGGAUGGGACAGAAGAAUUAACUUGUAUUUUGACGUACCGUCCGACAUCCAUCACUUCUGGAAGCCACAGCCGCACUGGCAGGAUGACCUGGACCACGGACACAAGGAGGACAUCCUCUGUGUGGCUCAAUGCCCACCCUCUCUUCUUGCCACCUCCAGUUACGACGGGGAGAUUAUCGUUUGGAAUGUCAUCUCAGGCCACAUGUACUGCAAGCUGAAUACCCCCAGCCCCCAGGAUGGCCCAGAAGGCAGAGGGGGCCCAAACCGGAGCGUUUCCUGCCUCACCUUCCUGAAGACGCGGGCAGCCAAGUUCAAAUUGGCUGCUGCUUCUCUGAUGGCCAAUGGGCCCCAAGGCGCUGUCACCUUCUGGAGGCUGUUCGGAGGGGCCUGUCCCAUUGCAAACUUCACUCCUUCCAGAGACAAGGCCCAGAUCAGCAGAAUCACAGUGACAGCAGAAGACACCUUUGCCUACAUAGCUGACCAGGAAGGCUUUGUGCAUGUCUAUGACAUCAAGAAAUAUGGCCUGCAGGAACCUGAGAUGCAGCCUCCCAAGAAUGUGACCUUCUGGAGGGCCCAUGUCAGCCUGGUGACAUCUUUAGAGUUGAUAGAAGAAAAAUAUCUGCUGUCAUCCUCUGUCGACCGCACUGUGCGCCUGUGGAGCACGGAUGGCGAGUACGUUGGGACGUUUGGGCAGAGUAGCCGCUGGGAUAUUUUCACUCCUGCCUCCUGGAGCCACCCCAGAGUGCCCUGUGAGAUCCUGACAGAUCCCCAGAGCACGCCCGCUCACCCCAGGCUGGAAGGAGAUCUUCCCACCACACGUACAGGGGAGGAGGGGCAAGACACCAGGGUCCAGGGAAAGGCCGCUGCUAAGCCCGAAAAGACCUCUAAGCCUUGCUCUCCAGAAGGCUCCAGCCUUGAAGUCGAAACAAAAGAGGACAUAAGUCGAUGGUAUGCAUUUUGCGAUGGCUGCCUGUUGUCUGCAUGAAGCAGGCCCCCUAGGAGGGCCCCGGAGCUGGUCUAGCCCACCAUCUACCAGACCCUCUGGUGCCACGACAUCGCCUGCAUGUCAGCUUGGGGGAAGAAGCCAGAUUUAUCCAUUCUUGGCUCCAAUUUGUUUAAUUUAAACUUUCUGACUCAGGAGAAAGCAGGAAAUGAAGCUGCCCAUGAAGAGCCCUGA